GAAUGUUCGUGCUGCUGGAACUGCAUCGACACCUUCCAACCACUGUACACGACGCCAUGUCUAAGCGGCUUAAUAAGCGCCAGUUGCGCGAGCUUGAGGAGCUCGAGGCAUUGAAGGCCGUCGAGAAGAGCGCGACGCCAGAUGUCGAAGAAGACGAGAGCGAGGAAGAGAAUGCUCCAGCACCGUCGAACCCCUUCGCAGCCCUCGGAGGAGGUGACGAGCCCGAGCGCGUCUCAGAGGAGGAGGAGGACGAACCUGCUCCUGUCGCGAAGAAGAAGAACAAGAAGAAGAAGCCGAAGAAGAAGAAGAAUGCUGCCGCGGCGCUUUUGGAAGCGACGGACUCGACGUCAGCAGCUUCUACACCCAGGAAGAAGAAGGACAAGGGGACUCCCGUGCCCGCUGAUGACGAGAUGGACGAGGUUGACCGUGCGCUUGCUGAGCUCAAGCUCAAGUACGGUGAGGACCCAGUGCCAUCCCAGCCCCCCGCGCACGAGGCGGCUGCCCCGCGAUCUGCGAUGGCGUUCCGCUCCCUUCUGUCCAUCGACCCGAAGAACCUGGAUGCCGACGCUGAGCUGAGGCGAUUCUUUGGCUCCAAAGUUAUUGCUGGUGCCACCCCAACAGGCAGCGAGAAGAGGUAUGCGGCUACAUUGUCAAAGAUGCGCUAUCUUCUAGCCAAGCCCAAGCGAACAUAUCCACCGCCAAUCUCGCUCGCAGGGCUGAACAUGCGCGAAAUGGACGAGGCCGCCGUGAACGACGUGUACGACCGCCGAGGGUGGGAGCAGACCGAUCCUGGGGAGAAGUGGUACACGUUUGAGCACUCUCCUGCAUGGCGGGAAAUUGAACGACAGUUCCUUGGUGCGGUGCGCUCUCAUGACCCCAACGAGCUCAUGGCUCUCCUUCAGGUGUACCCGUGGCACGUCGACACAUUGCUGCAGAUGAGCGAGGUGUACCGUUUGCAGAGCGACAUUGGCGCCGCGUCCGACUAUGCCGAGCGCGCCCUCUACGCUUUCGACCGAUGUCUCGUCCCAGGCUUCAACGUGCAGAGUGGCAGUUGUCGCUUGGACUUCGACUUUGUGGAGAACCGGCCAUUGUUCACGGCACUGCACCGUAACAUUUCAUACCUGGGUCGCCGCGGGUGUUGGGUCACAGCAUUCAACUUUGCCAAGCUUCUCUUCGCGCUUGACCCCGAGGGUGAUCCACACUGUGCGGCAUUGUGGCUCGACUUCCUCGCCGUCAAAGCAAAGCAGGGCUCGUGGCUGCUCCAGAUGCUGGAGCAGCGUGAGACAUCACGCGCUGCGGCGUUGUGGCAUGGCUACCCAGGCAUGGCCUGGGCGCGUGCGCUCGCCCUGCGACAGGAGGAGGAUGCAAGAAAGGACAAGGAACACAAGGAGAGCACGGCGGCUCUCGUUACUGCAAUUAAGACGUUCCCGGAGGUUGUUGUACUUCUUGCAGACAAGAUUGGCGCGAACAUCCCGGCCGAAGCUCGCUCCAAGCCUCUCCUUCAAAUCGAGCUCGGGUACACGGACAGCCCAACGACGCUUCUCCACCUCCUUGCUCACAUCUAUGUCGCGCGAUCCGAGGCGCUGUGGAAGGAGGCUAAGCAGCUUGCGUGGUUUGAGAAGGUCGUGGCGUCCACCCUGCCCGACAUCGACGAUGGGGCUGCGCGAGCGGCGCGCGCGGAGGUACUCGCAAUUGCGCAGACGCCGCGUCACCUUGGCUCAGACGGCCACCUGGUUGUCCCAAUCAAUGUGUGCCGACACGUUUUGUGUUCAGAAAGCACCUCGUGGCUUGGGUUCCUUCCCCCUGCCAUCGCACGCAUGCCGUUCCACGCUUAUGACCCCCUCCCACCCAGCACGGCGCAGACUCUGUACGAUGCGGCGUACUUUGACCCCGUGGCACGCUCUUUAGGCCGCUCAGAGCGCGGCGCCGCAUUUGACACUCGUAUGCUUGACCGCUUCCUUGACGAGGUGCGGCGGCUGGACAGUCGCGAUCCUGCGGAAUGGGCGGGGCCCAUGCGCGAGGCGUUCGUCCACUUCGCCGGUCGCGAGCCAGAGGAGAUGGACGCUGAGGACCGCCAAGCUAUGCUCCGCGACUUGAUGCGCAUGUACGAGCAGAUGGUUACGGCGUUGCGCAACGGCGGAGACCCAAACUUUGGUUACGCGCCCGGAGAGGAGGCUAUGCCUGGGGCAUUCCCGCCAUAGCGCAGGGCUAUGCACCACAUUCCGCAUGCCGCAUGUAUCUGUCAUUGUAGAAUAUCGAACACAUGCAUAUGGCGCACUUGUACUGCCACCUGUGAG